CUUCCACGCUGGUGGUUGGCUUAUACGCAGUGGGCGUGGCUGUUAUAGACCUCGGCAGACGUAUCUCUAUAGGAGUUGGGCGGGGUCUUCGAGCAGUGAGCGUACAAGGAAGUGGUAGCUUUCCAGCCCAGCUCUGGAGAGACCUCUGUGACAGGAGUGACUUCACUGAAUGAAUGGUGCAGCCAAGUGACUGGACUGCUAGAGAUCACCCAGUGAGGGAGAGGGUUGUUAGUGAGCUGCUUUCAUUUUCAGCAAUUCCAGUAAUGUCAUUGAGUCUAAUGACUGGGCUGCUGCGUUUAUGUAAAUUCUGUUAAUUUCAUUGGCCAGGGGAUCAUUUCUGUGCAAACACUUUCAUCUGCUUGGUGACACUCAGUUGGCAGUUAGUGUUGGUCAGAGCUGUCAGUCAGUUUGUUGGCAGUUAGUGUUGGUCAGAGCUGUCAGUCAGUUUGUUGGCAGUUAGUGUUGGUCAGAGCUGUCAGUCAGUUUGUUGGCAGUUAGUGUUGGUCAUUGCUGUCACUCAGUCAGUUGGCAGUUAGUGUUGGUCAUUGCUGUCAGUCAGUUUGUUGGCAGUUAGUGUUGGUCAGAGCUGUCACUCAGUCAGUUGGCAGUUAGUGUUGGUCAUUGCUGUCAGUCAGUUUGUUGGCAGUUAGUGUUGGUCAGAGCUGUCACUCAGUCAGUUGGCAGUUAGUGUUGGUCAUUGCUGGCACUCAGUCAGUUGGCAGUUAGUGUUGGUCAUUGCUGUCAGUCAGUUUGUUGGCAGUUAGUGUUGGUCAUUGCUGGCACUCAGUCAGUUGGCAGUUAGUGUUGGUCAGAGCUGUCAGUCAGUUUGUUGGCAGUUAGUGUUGGUCAUUGCUGGCACUCAGUCAGUUGGCAGUUAGUGUUGGUCAGAGCUGUCACUCAGUCAGUUGGCAGUUAGUGUUGGUCAGUGUCUCUGACUGUCAGUGAAUUGAGGGAGGCCAGUAACCAUGUUCAGCUGGAUGGGGAAAGAGAAUGCCCAGGGGCAGCACGACGUCCUACAGACAGUGACAGGGGGUCUGCAGUCUCUUUACACCAGGAAACUGCUGCCAUUAGAGGAACAUUACCGCUUCCAUGAAUUCCACUCGCCGGCCCUGGAGGAGGCUGACUUCAAGAACUUACCCAUGGUGCUACUUGUGGGGCAGUACAGCACAGGAAAGACCACCUUCAUCAGGUACUUGUUGGAGCAGGAUUUCCCAGGAAUGCGUAUUGGACCGGAACCCACAACGGAUUCAUUUAUUGCUGUAAUGUAUGGUGAACAAGAAGGCAGCAUCCCAGGAAAUGCACUUGUUGUGGACCCCAAGAAGCCAUUCCGUAAACUGAAUAGCUUCGGAAAUGCCUUUCUGAACAGAUUUAUUUGUUCACAACUCCCUAAUGAAGUUCUGAGAAGCAUCAGUAUAAUUGAUUCCCCUGGAAUCCUUUCUGGAGAAAAGCAACGCAUUAGCAGGGGCUAUGACUUCUGCCAGGUCUUGCAGUGGUUUGCAGAACGCGUGGAUCGCAUUAUUCUGCUGUUCGAUGCUCACAAACUGGAUAUAUCAGAUGAGUUCUCGGAAGCAAUUAAAGCCUUUCGCGGUCAGGAUGACAAAAUUCGGGUGGUGCUCAAUAAGGCUGACCAGGUGGACACUCAGCAGCUAAUGAGGGUCUACGGUGCCCUUAUGUGGUCAUUAGGGAAGGUGAUAAAUACUCCAGAGGUUGUUCGAGUUUAUAUUGGUUCUUUCUGGUCUAAACCACUGCAGAAUACAGAAAAUCGGAAGCUCUUUGAAAUGGAAGCUCAGGACCUUUUCCGUGAUAUUCAGAGCCUCCCCCGAAACGCUGCCUUACGCAAGCUCAAUGACUUGAUCAAAAGAGCUCGUCUUGCUAAGGUACAUGCUUAUAUAAUUAGUUACUUGAAGAAAGAGAUGCCAGCCGUGUUCGGAAAGGAUACCAAGAAGAAGGAGCUGAUUCAAAGGCUUCCAGAGAUUUAUAUUCAGAUUCAGAGGGAGCAUCAGAUUUCACCCGGAGAUUUUCCUGAUGUAAAGAAAAUGCAGCAACAGCUGGAGAUGUAUGACUUCUCCAAAUUCUACGCAAUGAAGCCAAAGCUGAUCGAAGCUGUAGACAACAUGUUGGCUAAUAAGAUCGCUCCUUUGAUGAGCAUGAUCCGUGAAGAAGAAAGCAGCAUGCCAACUCAAAUGGUGCAUGGAGGAGCAUUUGAGGGUACCAUGGAAGGUCCUUUUGGUCAAGGGUAUGGUGAAGGUGCAGGCGAAGGUGCUGAAGAUGAGGAAUGGGUGGUGGCAAAAGACAAGCCUGUCUAUGAUGAGCUGUUCUACACACUGUCUCCAAUCAAUGGCAAAAUCUCUGGAGUCAAUGCCAAGAAAGAGAUGGUAAAUUCAAAGCUGCCAAACAGUGUUCUGGGAAAGAUCUGGAAGCUGGCAGAUAAUGAUAAAGAUGGCAUGCUGGAUGAUGAAGAGUUUGCUUUGGCAAAGCAUCUCAUUAAAAUAAAGAUAGAUGGCUAUGAGUUACCCAAUGACCUCCCCCUACACCUUGUUCCUCCAUCUCAAAGAAAACCCAGUCACAAUGCUGAAUAAACAGUUUAACAGAG